UGCGUCUGGAUGCGUUCUCAUGGAACCUCUGAUAAGCCCAUAGAACUGAUCUGGCAGUUCUUUUAUUACCUGUUUCUAACAGUGCUGGACGUGUUAGUGUUACCGCUAUUCUGUCUUUCACGCGAAUAAUAAAUGUUGAAGUUGAUUAGUGACUUACACGCGUGAAACAAUAAAAAAAUCAGUCUAUUACGUUUCUGAUUUUUGUGGAGGAUUGUUUAAAUGGGUCGAUGCUGAAGAAUUACAGACAGAAACGCACAAUAAAGAUUUCAUGAUGGCGACGGACAUUAUAAACAGAGGCUUGUUUGAAUUUCAACAUGGGAAUUUUAAAACUGCAGAACAGCUGUUUACUAAAAUCAUUGACCAGAAUGACGAAGAAGAGGACAUUUUAGAAUCGUUAAAAAGACGCGCCACGUGCUUGCACGAAAUGGGCAAAUACGAUGACGCAAUCAUUGACGCAAAUAGAGUGAUGAAACUAGCACCAAAAUGUACUUCCGGUUAUGCAAUAUGCGGAAACGCACUUACAAGACUUAAGAACUAUGAAGAUGCCCUAAAUACAUAUAAACUAGGAUUAGAAAUCGAUAGUAAUGAUGAAGCAAUCAAGAAUGGACUUAAAUUCUUACAAAUGGAAAUCAUGGAAAAUUUCGAAAAAAGCCAAAAGGAGAGUACAUACAAUGCGGUUAAAAUGAGCUCCCAGGAGCCUUACCCCGGGGACAAUGAAUUAGAAGUCUACGAAAGGGAGAUAAUGCAGACGUGGGGCUUAAACGAGUUCCCUGACUUUGAUAUGGCUGUUCCGGACACGCAGAAGGCGAUUCUGGAAUUCCAAGAGGCGCUUCAGUUAAAAAAGGCGGGAAAUGAUAAAAACGCGCUCGAGAAAAUGAGAUCAGCGUUACGCUACGACCCGGCCGACUUCACUCUACGCGGCGAGAUGGCGAUGUUAUUGUUCGAGUUGGGCGAAUACAAGGAGGGGUUUCAGCACGUGCAGUGUAUCCCGAGCACCUUCCGGCCAGCUAAAUACUGGAAAAUUGGAGGUAAAAUCCUGGAUGCUCUCAAUUUACCCGUGCACGCCGAGUCGUGGCUGAGGAACGGGACAAAGGCUGACAAGUCGGACAUGGAAAUGCCACUACUGUUUCAGAACAUCCGUGUCAAACGCCUUUACGGGCCUCUCACGGAAAAUACUAAGGUCGGUGUGGUUUUUACCCACUACGGACGUGCGAUACAGGCCGCGGAAGACAUUAAACCAGGAGAAAACUGCUUCCGGGAUAAAGCGGCUGUCCUUGCCCAGACACUAGACACCUUGAACGUCACCGCCUGCAAUCACUGCGCCAAAUGUCUAAUGCGACCGGAGGACUACUUUGGUAAAGAUCUUCUUGCGAAGAACAAAGAAGUCCGGACCUUAAUUCAAAGACAUUGGCCGUACAGACCGAUAACUGAAUGCAAAGGGUGUGGAAACCAAACAGUAUACUGUAGCACUGAAUGUAGAGACGAAAGUUGGAAUACGUACCACCAGGUUCUGUGUACGUCAGUUAACCCAGAUGUGCAGCAACUGCAUACAAUUUGCUCACAGUAUAAGAAUCUCUCCAAUGAUAACCGGGUGUGGAAAGGCGUAUGGAACGCGUCAUACAGUCCCAUGGUUUUGGCGAAGAUUUGGGCCAGUAUCAUUUGCCUUGCGAACAAUAUUGCGAACCAGGAAGGGCGACAAACCCCGACCCAGGCGGACUGGACGAUGGCAAAAUCUCCUUUCAGAAAAUUCAUUGCAUACGGAAACACCAGCGUUCUUGGAAUCAUUCCGAAAAUGUUGACGAUGAUGCAGGGAAUAUUCGAUAAUGAAAAUCUCCCAGCCCACUUCCGGUAUAAAAUAACCAAUCAAGAGUUUGAUGGGCGGUACUAUCAGGCCACGUGCAACGUACAGGCGUUUUCUGACCCCGCCCCUCCGUUCAAAGUGUUCAUGAAUAGUGUUUCUAAAGACCCUAAAAGGGACUUGAUUGUACCAUACACUAAAGAGGAUCCCGACGAUGCCUUGUUUGCUGGGAUGUUCCCAUUACACGCCUGCCUUAAUCACUCGUGUGCCAACAAUGUGGAGGUCCUAGAUGGACACCCAGGGGUACUUGUCAGGGCGAGGCUGCCAGUGAAAAAGGGGGAUGAACUCUUCACAACCUACAUCAAUUCGAAGCUUCCAAGAAAGGAACGAAGAUCGUGGCUUUUCCGAGGUUACAAUUUCUGGUGCCACUGUCCGCGGUGCAAGUUUGAAGGUGAUGGUCCAGACAAAUGUACAGAGUGUGAUAAGGUCGCCAAGGACGAGGGCAAAGACAAAUAUCCAGGUUGCGGAAAAUGUCAUCGUGCCUGGUACUGCUCAACAUCGUGCCAGAAAACUGCAUGGAAGAAGGGCCACAAGAAAGUUUGCAGUAUGCCACAUUCCAAUAUUCAAGAAUUUACAGAAUGCAAUUACAUUUUGCACGCCUAGUCUAGUUCUUAUUCGAAGUGUAUAAUUUACAUAAAGUGUAGCAUAUUUUUUUCUGUGACUUCUUGAUAUUGAAUGGGGAAAAAAAAGAAAAUAUCUUAGAUAUGUUAUGAGUAGUAGAUUCUUAAAAAAUAAGUAAAUUCUAUCAUACAUUAAACAUCAUACAUUCAGAUUUUUAAUAGAGACGUGUUUCUGCUUUAAAAUUGAACCAACAAUUCUUGAAUAAUCUUCUUAUUUUAACUGAUUGUACAGGUUACAUGUAUAUGGCCUUCUUAACUUAUUAAAUAGCGGUAUGUAUAUUGUGUAACGUGACCUGUUUUCUUACUACUUCGUGUGGAAUAUUUUAAAUCGCAAAAAUAGAAAAUAAAUACUGUUAAAGAUAAAUAAGUAGACGAAUGAUUACUUGUUACCUUUUAUUCCAACUGCCAUGUUGCCCUUAUGAGUUUUAUAGUUGAUAUUAUGUAUUAUUACACAAUUACCUCUUAUUUACACCUUCUGUUUGUUUUGUAGAUAUUUCCUGCUAACUCGAACCAGGAAGAUAUUCAACUGUGACUGUGGCUUGCACAGACCCUUUCCCAGAAUGAAGCAACCAACCUCCAAACCGUCCUACCUCAUAGUUAUACAGUCGAAACUCUCUAUGUCGUAGUCGUUUGUACCUCAAGAAAUCAUUGGAGACAAUGUCCAAUCGAUAUAAACCAAAGUAAUAAAUAAGUUCGACAUAACCAGAAAAUCAAGAUAACAUAUUUCGACUUAGCGAGUUUCAACUGUAGAAGGAAUGGUGUGUAAUUCCCGUCCCUUUGGAAUGACAGUCACUUUUCCUGUAGUUAUUGCUGCAUUGACCAACAACCUGUGGUUCAAAGAACUCUAGCCCGGUGAUUUAACUGUACGGUGUGAACUUUCCCUUCCCUUUGGAAUGAUAGACAAUUUUUCUGCAGCCUUUGAAUUUGUUGUUGCAUUGAACAAAUACAAUGUUUCAUAAGAUCGGUUACCCGGUUAUGCUACUGUACCAACGUGUAUUUUAGUUUCGGUGUAUACUGUUUGGUUUGACAAAGUCCCCCGGGAAUUUUCAACAACGUAGCUCAAGGAUUUAAAUUCGGAGUGCACUCUAGCCUCAUAAUGCAUGCUCAAAUGUUUUGUUUUAUUUCCCAAUUUUAUCCUGUUUACCAAUGCGAUGAUCUCACUUGUUUGACCAAACCUCUUGUCAUCUAUGUGUAUGUGUUUGUGUGAUCCUUGUUGAAAUAUAUGUCGUUUUGUGACAAAUAACAUUCACAUAUAUUGAGUAUAACAUUGAGCGCAAAUUUGGUUUAAAAAGGGAGAUUGUUGCUAUUAAAAUAUUUAUGUACCUAAAUCCUCGUAUUUUGUCGAUUCAAGACGAGAUUAGCUAAUUCGUUUGCAUAACCAUUAAAUACACCCUAGAUUAUUUUAAUUCUCAAGUAUUCAUUGCAUUAAAAUCAAAAGAUGUCACAUAACGCAUACUUCUAUAAUUUCUACGUCAUUGUAACAUGUUUGGAACUUACCUGGCCAAGCCAUACAUGCUUAGGGGUGUCGUGUGUGAUGUCUUCAGGUGAUUGGAAACAUUUGCACUUUGAAUUUGAACGAUUUAAUGUUUGAUUUUAAUAUUUUGAUACUUGAUAUAAGCUAAAAUGUGUUAGGGUAAUGCUUAAAAAAAUAAUAUGUUUGUUUCCGGUUUCAUGCCAAAAAAAGAAGGAUAGGUCGGAUCUUUGUUUUAAUUUAGGCAAAUUGUUUCUUCACAGAGUUUUUGUCACCAAAGUCUGUACAUUAUGCUUAAGAACAUCUAUUAAAUCAGUAUCACAGAUAUUGUUAAAGCCGUAACAAUUCGUUUUUUACUCUUUGAAGAAAAAAAGAAAAGGAAAAAGGAUAUUUCUCAAGGCAAUAAAAGGGUUUAGGGUCGAUCAUAUAAAUAGGGAAGGUCGGGAAACCGGAAUCAAGAAAAUCGAUGAAACAAUAACAUAAGUGUUGAAUGAAAGAGUUAUUAUUUGUUUUGUGUGCUUGUUACGGCCAGUAUAGUUAGUUUUCAUAAAAUAAAAUACAUCGCUCUUGUGAUGAUAUCAGUUAUGUUGGACAACGACACCUAUGAAGCAACGGGUUUUCGACAUGUUUACGUUAUUUACUCAAUCCUUAUUUAUUUCACACUGUGUUAGUUACUUUUAUUUUAUUUAAUAAAUUAGUAAAAAAUUAUACUAUG